AUAGACUUAUUUGUUUCGGAUUUGAUUUAUAGAUCAUUUUUAGGAUUUGAUGACUAAUUUCUUAUGAAAAAGGAGAAAUAUAAGAGUAUUUUUGUUUGAUUUGAUAGCAAAAUUAAUAUUUAGGUAGGAAUAAGCUUUUGGGAACAAAGGGUGGGAAACUUUGAUUAAAUCGCUUGUCAAAUGAAACAAUGAAGACAGAGAAAACAAUCCGUCUAUAGAGAAACAUUUUCUCCCACGACAAAAUCCCGUUAAUUUUCUUAUGCUUUUGUUUGCUAUCUAGAAAACCUAUAAAUUUAUUAAAAAAAAAAAACUUAAGUUAGUUAUGUGUAAAUUGAUCAUCAAAGAUUGGUUGCAAGCUAUUGUUUGACUAGCUUUUCUAACAUGUAUAGUCAUAGAUGACCGUCUACCAUACUAAUAAAUUCUACAAAUGGAAGAAUCAUAUAUUAGCCUAUUAAUCGAAUUUUUUCUUUCACUUUUGUGAUAGGUGUUUGAUUUUCACUCUCUUUUUCCAUGCGUUCUCUAGCGUAUCCUUGAAUUCCAAAAACUCUACAAAUUGGUCAAAUUAUAUUCUUGAUCAAGUGGUAUUAACUCUAAAGGAGUUUUCAUUGAUAGGAGUGAUAAUUUAUUAUUAUCAUUUGGAUAUUUUAAAAUAAGUAGUAGUAUAUGUUCAUCCAUGAAUUGUGCAGAAGAAUCUAAUUCCUCGACAUAAAAUUAAUAUUUAACCAAACCGUCAAGAUGUAGCAGUCACGUAUUACUGGGUAAUGUUCACCAUAUAAAAAAAAGUGAAUAAAUUUGUUCUUGAAGAAUGAGAAUCAUCAUUUUAUUAUUUUAUGUAUACGGUGAAAAAUAUCUAAUAUAUGCAAUUGUUUGUUUAUACCUAAUGUAAUUUUAUGGUUGAUUGGAGUAGAUGAACUAAAAUAUAUGCAUAACAUUAAAAAUGAAUAUAAUAAUAUAUAUUGGAAAUCAAACCUUUCUUCUGUUACCAAACCCAUCUUGGAAAUCUUAUUGUUUACUGGUUGAAAGCAAACAAAUAAUGUUUUGACCAACACUAGUGGAUUAGGAUUAUUUUACAGAUUUACAUAAUUUCCUUUUUUACCCUUAUUAUUUCUUAUCAAGUAUUAUAUAUAUCCCUUUUUCUUGUUUUUGCAAGAAUUAAAAAUUGGAUUAGCUUUCUUUCAAUAUAUUUCAGAAUGGUUGCUCUAUUUGUUUUUCUUCCUCUUUAACAUUUCCCAUUACCGUUUUUGAUGCUUUCUUCCCCACCUUAUCUAUCGCCACUGCCUCUUCCAUCAUCCCUGUCCAUUUCAUCAACAUUGCUGUAGUUUCAUCAUCCUCUUUCGAUCUGUUUUCUUCUUCAUCAGGCUAAACAUGUCGAGAACAAACGAAGACGUUGUCCAAGAAGUUGUUGAUAAUAAACCUCAAGGGCAAGAGCAAGUGAGUGAACUUACAGAGGAGGAAACUAGACAUGCUGACAAGACUGAGGAAAAUCAAGUACCUUCCACAGUACAGCAAGAGGAAAUGAUCAAGAAAAAGUAUGGAGGAAUUCUUCCCAAGAAAAAGCCUCUGAUUUCUAAGGACCAUGAGCAUGCUUUUUUUGAUUCUGCUGAUUGGGCAUUGGGAAAGCAGCAGGGAGGCCAGAAACCCAAAGGACCACUUGAUGCUCUCCGCCCAAAGUUGCAGCCAACUCCUCAUCAACAAGUCCGUUCUAGGCGCUCAGCUUAUGCUCCUGCUGAUGGAGAAGGUGUAUCUCCUCAUGACGAAGAUACAACACCCAAAACCUCGUCUGAAGAUCAAGAUUUCGCAAGAGAGGAUGACAAGCAUGAAAAGUCGGUUUCUCCUGAGGCUCAGAGUUGCCAUGAAUAAAGUUUUGUAUGCAGUACCAUGUACAAAAGUAAAAAAAAAAAAAAAAAAAAAAAAAAGAAAAAAAAAGAGCGCGAAUCAGAGAUUUCCUUUAUAAAUGUGGAUAAUAAUACUUAAGAAACAUUGUGUUCAUCCUGCUUUAAGCAUAGGCGGCAUUCACAGCUUUGGUUGAAACAGCACACAAGGUGAUAUUGUGUGUAUUUCGUUAAUUUAUUGGAACCUCGGCUGUAGUUUCAAGUCAUGCUUCAAUGUGAUCCAAAAGUAACAAGUUUUCCUAGUUUUAAUGCAUGCACUGUUAGGAUUUCA